GCAAGCUUCAAAAAGAAAAAAAAAAACAACGAAAAGGAGAAAGAGAAAGAACACCGGAGCGGGAGCCUGACCCUGACGCCAUCUCUCCUUCCUCCUCCCUGAUUCAGAUCUCUCACCGGCCCCCGCUCCAUUCCCACCCUAACUCCGUCUCCCACCGACCAGACCUUCUCGAUCGCCGCCGGCCAAUGGAGGCCAUCCGGAAGCAGGCCUCGAAGCUCCGGGAGCAGGUCGCUCGGCAGCAGCAGGCGGUGAUGAAGCAGUUCGGGGGCGGGUACGGCGCAGACGGCGUGUUCGCGGACGAGGCCGAGGCGCAACAGCACUCCAAGCUCGAGAAGCUCUACAUCUCCACGCGCGCCGCCAAGCACUUCCAAAGGGAUAUAGUUCGGGGCGUCGAGGGCUACAUCGUCACGGGGUCGAAGCAAGUCGAGAUUGGGAACAAGUUAUGUGAGGAUGGCAAGAAGUAUGGCACUGAGAACACUUGUACCAGUGGAAGCACACUGUCGAAGGCGGCAUUAAGUUUUGCUAAGGCACGGUCCAUGAUGGAAAAGGAAAGGGGUAACCUGCUGAAAGCCCUUGGCACACAGGUUGCAGAACCAUUGAGGGCUAUGGUUAUGGGAGCCCCUUUGGAGGAUGCUCGCCACCUCGCCCAAAGAUAUGACAGGAUGCGUCAAGAAGCUGAAGCACAGGCUAUUGAAGUUUCAAAACGCCAAAUGAAACUAAGAGAAGCAUCUGGAAAUAGUGAUAUGGUUGCAAGGCUAGAAGCAGCUGAGUCAAAGCUGCAGGAGUUGAAAUCAAAUAUGGGGGUUUUGGGCAAAGAAGCUGUUGCAGCAAUGACUGCUGUUGAAGCCCAACAGCAAAGGCUGACACUGCAGCGUCUUAUUGCAUUGGUUGAAUCAGAGAGAAACUACCACCAAAAGGUCCUACAAGUUCUUGAUCAACUUGAGAGAGAGAUGGUAUUUGAGCGCCAAAGAAUUGAAGGAGCACCUCCUCCGGUUGUUGAGAGUUCCAUGCCUCCGCCGCCUGCAUAUGAAGAAGUCAAUGGUAUAUUCAUGAGGAAUACAGUUGCAGAAUUGGUCGAGACUGUGGAGUAUUUCUUGGCUGAGGCAAUCCAGUCAUAUCGAGCAGAGAGUGAUACCGAGCUCAACCUUUCAGCUGGUGACUACAUAGUGGUCCGAAAGGUGUCGAACAAUGGAUGGGCCGAAGGUGAAUGCAGGGGGAAAGCUGGCUGGUUCCCCUACGACUACAUCGAGAAACGAGAGCGUGUGCUUGCAAGUAAAGUCGCCCAAGUUUUCUAAGUUUUCUAAGACUUCUGCUGAGCCAUAACAUAUCCCCGGGGUUGUACAAUGUGUAUUAUGCUUGUUAUAUCUUCAGAGAAGAUCUGUAAUUUUGCUGAAAGCUGCCUGUUGGAUGGCUCGUUCCUGCCUGGCCGUCUGCAUUGUUCAAAUUCAUGUGGCAGGAACUGAACAUUAAUGCUUAUAUCAUUCUUCAGUUAUCCUGUCAAUAUAUACCUAUAUAUAUUUUUGUUUGAAG